AUGCUCUACGACCUCAAUAUUCCCUGGUCGCCCUCGACGCCUCCCGAGGCGCUCCUUCAGACGCUCACCACCGCCUCCAGCCUCGGCUACACCACCGUCGCCCUCCCCGCCGUCACCUUCCCCGUCCUCCCUCCCCCGUCCUCCCCCUCACAAAAGCUCCCCACCGUCCUCCGCCGCGCCACCUUCCCGCUCGCCGACCCUUCCGCGCCCAGCUACCGGCUCCCUGCCCUCGCCGCCGCCUACGACGUCCUCGCCGUCCGUCCCACCACCGCCGAGGCCUUCCAGAACGCCUGCCUCACCCUCGACGUCGCCCUCGUCUCCCUCGACCUCGCCCAGCACCACCGCUUCCACUUCCGCCCCAAGCCCUGCAUGGCCGCCGUCGCCCGCGGCGUCCGCUUCGAGGUCUGCUACGCCCAGCUGCUGGCCGCGGCGGGGGACCCGCGCGCCCGCGCCGCCUUUGUCGGGAACUUGAGGGGCUUGCUCCGGGCGACCCGCGGCCGUGGCGUGGUGCUCAGCAGCGAGGCGAGAUCGGGCGCGCUCGGGCUGCGCGGGCCGGCGGACGUGGUGAACUUGCUGGCCGUGUGGGGACUGCCGCCGGACAAGGCCCUGGAGGGGCUGAGGUCGCUGCCGCGCAGCUUGGUGGUCAACGAGGGCGUCAAGAGGAACGGGUUCCGCGGCGUUGUGGAUGUCGUGCAGACGGCCGAGGAUCCGGCCGCCAAGGGUGAGGGAGCCGCGGCGGUAGUGGGGGAGGAGCCGGGCGGGAAUGGCAAGAAGCAGAAGCGCAAGACGGCGCAGCAGGAGGACGGACCGCAAAUAAGCAAACGGCAGGCCAAGAAGAUGCGGCUCGCCAACAGAGCGGCGGCUGCUGCUGCGGUGGAAAAGUCUGUAUAA